AUGAAAACUAAUGGAGAAACAGAAAACAAUGUUGUAUCACCAACAAUUGGAUCUACAAUAUCAUCACCACUACCAGCAUCAUUAUCAAUAGCAAAUGUUAAAUCGCCAACAGCACCAAAUGGAGGAACCGUAGUAUUAGGUGUAACAGAGCCAAUUUCAACUUCUCCACCAUCUGCACUAGAUUUAAAACUAUCAAAUGAUUUAGAAAAUACAUUAAUAUCAUUCAAUUUAUUCGAAAGUCCUGAAGAAAGUAGAAAAAGAGAAGAGGUAUUAGGCAAACUAAAUCAAAUAGUCAGAGAAUGGGCAAAACAAGUUAGUAUUAAAAAGGGUUACCCAGAACAAACAGCAGCAGAGGUAGUCGCAAAGAUAUUUACAUUUGGCUCCUAUAGAUUGGGUGUUCAUGGCCCUAAUAGUGAUAUAGAUACAUUGUGUGUUGGUCCAAAACACAUAAUGAGAAGUGACUUUUUUGAUGAUUUAUCAGAAUCUUUAAAAACCCAUCCAGAAAUCACCGAAUUUACUACUGUAAAAGAUGCUUUUGUUCCAGUUAUUAAUAUGGUUUUUUCAGGUGUACCAAUAGAUUUAAUUUAUGCAAGAUUAUCUCUAACCGCUAUUCCAGAAGAACUAAAUGACUUGAUUGAUGAAGGAUACUUGAAGAAUGUUGACGAAAAAUCAAUACUUAGUUUAAAUGGUUGUCGUGUAGCGGAUCAAAUACUAAAAUUAGUACCAAACAUUCCAAAUUUUAGAAUGGCAUUAAGAUGUAUUAAACUUUGGGCUAUCAGUUUUUUAGGUGGUAUUACAUGGGCACUUUUAACAGCAAGAAUUUGUCAACUUUAUCCAAAUUCAGCACCAAGUACCAUUAUAAAUAGAUUUUUUAAAGUUUAUGAAAAUUGGAAAUGGCCUGCUCCAGUAUUAUUAACACAUUUAGUUGAAGGUGGUGCAUUAGCUGCAAAGGUAUGGAAUGCCAAGAGAGAUAAAGCACAUUUAAUGCCAAUUCUUACACCAGCAUAUCCCAUGAUGAAUUCAACUUAUAAUGUAUCAAAAUCAACAAUGCAAUUAUUGAAGAAUGAAUUUGUUAGAGGUGCAGAAAUUACUAGAAAGAUUGAAACCAAUGAAAGCACAUAUAACGCAUUAUUGGAAAAGAGCGAUUUUUUUACUCGAUAUAGAUUUUAUAUACAAAUCGAUUGUUCAGCUGGAAACGAAGAAGAUCAUAGAAAAUGGGAAGGUUGGAUCGAAUCAAAAUUAAGAUUUUUAAUUUCAAAUUUAGAAAUGACACCAAAAAUGAAAUAUGCAGUACCUUUUCCAAAAUCAUUUUCGAAUCUAAUCCAUAAAGAAUCCCAUCCCGAUCAAAUUUGCACAACUUUUUUUAUGGGUUUGGUUUUUAAUUUCCCAACAACCCCUGGUGCUGAUAAAAGUGUUGAUUUAACUAAAGCCGUAUCUGAAUUUACAUCAACUAUAAAAGAGUGGCUUAGAACUCAACCAAAUCCAGAAACCAUGGCUGAUAUCAAAGUACAGUAUAUUAAAAAGAAACAACUACCAUCAUUUAUACAAAGUGAAAUACCACCAGCUGAACCAAAAGUAAAUAAAAAAAGAGUUUCAACUGGCGAUCCAUCAACAUCAAAAAAGAAAGUUAAAUCGACCACAACAACUACAACCUCAACUAACACCUCUCCAUCUACUUUAACCCCAACCAAAGAAUCCUCAAAUAAUACUAGUGGCACCAAUCCUCUAUCACCAAAUAAUACCAUUUCUUCCCCAAACAAUGAAUCAACCAUCACCUCCAACGAUUCAACCGCCACUAUAACCAAUGAUAACAGUGAAAAUUUAAUUACAACUGGUGGUGAUACUAUCGCUUCAACUACUGUAAAUAAUGAAACCACAAUAACAGAACAAAAUCAAACAAUCACCAAAAUUGUUAACACAAUGGAAGUAAACGAACUAGAUUUUAUUUCAAAUCAAACCGAAUCUCAACCAAGAGCUCCUCCAAAGAAACCAAAUAUCAGUAUCAUUAGAGGCUAA